AUGGCUGUUAAGCAAAACAAUACAGAAGCCAACGCUACGCCCGCACCCGCUAAUGGGAACGCAGUAGGAGGGGGCGGUACGACAGGCGGAACACUGUCGGGCGUACCGGGGAGUGGAGUAGUCGGUGGAAGUACAGUCGGAGUCGGAGUUGGCGGUGUAGUUGGUGUUGGAGGAGGCACUAAAACCAAAAAGUUAAAUCCUAAUGCAGAACUUGGAGUUGAGGUUGGUGGAAAUGUGGAAUCUGUUGAACCGGGUUGUAGUGGUGUUGGCGCUGGUGCGGCCAUUAAACCGAAGCUUAUCAUGAAAGGCAAUGCAGCCGUAAGUGGUAAUGUUAACAAUGCCGCUGACGCUGGCAAUAUUGGUGGGCAAGCCACUAAAAAUACUACUGAUAUUGCACAUAUACUACAUCUGAUUGAAUUGGUGGAACUAAAGCAGCAGCAGAUAGCAUUGGGACACGAUAUAGUUAAAAUUUAUCAUCAUUUAAUAAAUGAACUGGCACGCGUGAAGAUCCCAAGACAGACACCUGACGAACUUAAGCGUUUUAAAGAAGACAUCGUCAAGGUUGGUGCCUUCUUCAGCAAGGCCAAUGAAAAACGAGUGUAUCUUUUCUAUCUUCGGGUGGUAUGCCAGCUAAUAACACAGGGCGAAGGUGAGACACCUUCCUGUGCUAUUGCCAUAAUAUUUCAGCUCUUCAGUUCAGAGAUGGUCUUUGAGGCGGUGCAGUCUAUGCUCGAUCAUAAAAUCCCCGAACAGAAUAUAAGAAAGACUGUCAGACUACUAAGUGAAUGGCUGCGUAUGUGCAACUUUUGCCAAAACCUAAAUUUGUGGAUCAUAGCCAUAUUAAGAGGAUUACAGGAACAGCAAAAGCAAUCACUUUUCCGGGACAUUGCCUUGGAGAACAUUGAACCACUGUUUACAUCAAUAAUAUUGCCAGUGUUACGACCCAAAGUAUAUCCCAUCGUAUACCACAUGCUGUCAUCCAUUGAUCAAACACCGGCAGUGUUUCAUAAGAUUUUGCCGAAAUUCCCACGCGUCAUAAAUUAUUUGAAGCAACAAUCAAAUAGACCUGAAGACUAUGCUGAAGAAACCAAAAAGAUCCUACAAAAGUUAGUGGAUUUGACAAAGUCAUUGAUGGUGCGCUUCUACGGGUAUGAUGAUUUGUACGAAGCAGUGGAGCUGGCAAUCAAGGAUAUACCAUAUUCUUAUGGUUUACCAAGUUACGACAGCAAUACUAAAAGCGUUGAUUAUAACAAUGUGGGUGCCGAGGUUAUACCCCAUGACAGCAAUGCCAAAGUCGGUCUAGUUAAUUUAGGCAACACAUGCUAUAUGAACAGUGUUCUCCAGGCGCUAGCUAUGACCAAGGAAUUUAGUCGAGAGAUAUUAUUGUCGCAAAGUAAGUCACCAUUGCUAAUGAAGAUGCAACAGCAAAUUGCAUUAAUGCUAUAUUCGACAAGAUUCGAAUUAACACCAUCUCGUGUUUUAAAUGCCACACGACCACCUGGCUUCUCAGCAGGCUUGCAACAGGAUAGCUCUGAAUAUUUAGGCUACUUACUAGAAACGUUGCACGAACAAGAAACAUUGUUUCGUAAAAAGCAGGCAGCCGAAUCUGUAAAUAAGUCAAAAGCAGAGGCUGGUACAUCGGCUGCAAUAUCGGAUGGGGAAGCAGCUGAACCGAUUGCCAAAACACCGAAACAAGCGGACAAAGAAAACGGUUAUGUCAGCAGCGGAGAGGGGGCUACAGCAUAUUUCAACACAUCACACACACAGCAACCUUCCACAAAAGAUAAUCCCACCACCACGAACAGCAGCGGCAGCAACAUUACCACUCACGUUGAUAACAAAGCAGACGCCCAAAGCUGCGUCGGCAGCACUCCAAAUGCCUGCAAAGACAACGUAGGAGCUCAAUCCACCACUAUAGAGAAAACGUUUACUGGAACAUUGGCUACUACGUACGAGUGUCUGACUUGUGGCUGGAAGAGUCGUAUAGUCGAUAGUUUUCGUGACUUGCAGCUAUCAUUUCCUGAAGUAAAGAACGAUUGCGCCUCCAACUACUCCGUCCAGGAUCUCAUCGACUACUAUUGUUCGCCGGAGAAACUGUAUGGAGAUAAUCAAUACUUUUGUGAACGUUGCAAGAAACUUAGCGACGCCGAACGUUACAUAAAUGUUAUAAGCGCACCAAAGAAUUUAAUAUUGACAUUGAAGCACUUCAAGUAUGAUCAAAAGUAUCAUACGCGCGCCAAAUUAAUGCACAAGGUGUUUCACGACGAAAAGGUAUCUGUAAAGAUCUGCGCUGCUGACACGUUGGAGGAAACCGCCUCGGUACAUUACGAUCUUUAUGCCGGUGUCGUUCACUCGGGCUUUAGCAUGGACUCGGGUCAUUAUUAUACUUAUGCCGCUGAUGUCACCAAUAAGUGGUAUAAAUUCAAUGAUAACGUAGUAACACCUUCGAAAUCUGAGGAAUUGCACAAUCUUACACCACCCAACACACCGUAUAUACUAUUCUAUCAAAUGGGGGCACGCUCCAAUGAAGCAGCAUCCUUCACAGGUUCCACAACAAAAGUAGUCAAAGUAGAUGUGCCAAGCCCACUAUCGCUUGAGGAACUCUCGCCGGACCUGCGCAAUUAUAUUGUUCAUGAUAAUCAUGUUUUUGCUGAAGAAGUAAAGGAGCGCAUUUGUAAGAGUGGCGGCCGCGCGGCAUUACAAAGUGCACUAGCCUCAAAGCGUGGUGGUAAUGGUCGUGGAGGCGGUGGUGGACGUAGUGAUUACGAUGAUGAUAACGAUUCAGACCAACCGCCACCUUCUAGUGGCUGUGGCGGAAAUGCGCUCGACAUUAAUGUGAAUCGUUUUGUGUACUAAGCACUCUGGCUGAUGCGGAUGUUUUCAUUUUCCAUUGUGGUUUGUAAAGAAAUGUAUCGUCCGUUGUAUGGAAAUGAAGAAAGAAAUAUGAAUGAAAUUCUCGAGUCAAGAUAAAUGAACAGUCUUAUUCUGUAUCACGAACGAUAGGCAACAUGAAGGACUCGUCUGCAGAGGAAUGCUUGAAAACUUAGUCCGGCGGCAUCAUUCUAGCCGGCUUAAACGCGACCGAGACCAUUUCAACGUAAUAUACCGAAAGCAAGACGAAGACUACCGAUAGAGUAAUAAAAUCGCAACCAGAGAUGUUGUCGUCUGCAGACGAAUCGUUCAUGUUGCCUAUCGGUCGUGAUACAGAAUAAGGCUGGAAAUCGUGUAGUUAUGAGACUUUUAUUGAAUGCCUGCGGUCGGCAAAUCGAGAAAAUAAAAUUUGCAUAAAUGCAUAUAAUCCCCAAGAAUAUAACUACCUAGAAUCGAACGCCUAUUAGUCUCCGACAUAUUUAUACAUACAUGUGUAUAACAUAGAUGAAUGUAUGUUGUUAUUACUGUUAUCCUUAACUUUGUAAUUGUGUAGUAUGUUCGCCAGUAAACUAUGCAGCAGCGAGCCACAGUAGCAUAAAAUGUGAAAAUUAAGGGCAACUUUAGCGAUAAAGAUGGAAAAUUAGAUAAUAUAUAUAUGUAUGUAAGUAUUUCCGUAAAUGCGCAGCAUUCCGAAGGGAGUACUAAGCCGAAAAUUAACAAAUAUAUUCAAAAAUUUGUAUUUGUUAUUUGUAAACAGCAACUAUGUAUGUGUAAUUACUAUUCCAAUCACUAUUAUGCAAAUAGCAACAACUACAACACGUACGGUUGCAAUUCUAAUGUAAAAGUUAUGCAGCAAUACCUAUACUUUUGUGUGUAUUUUAGUAAAGAUUCGCAGAGCAGUAGUAACACCCAGUAGGAAGUGAAGCGAUCACUAUUCGGAGAGACUGUAGUUGAAGAUUAAAACAUUUAUACGAUUGGGUUAGUGUGCGUGUUUGACCGCAAGGAUGUUUGUGUGCAUGUGUGAGUGCAUUAUCCUCGUAAUUCAGUGCAUUUCUUUCAACGCUAUUUUU